CUAGACAAAAGAGCCACACCUGCUUCCUGUUUCAGUGAUUGCUGCUCAGUGAAGCUCAGACUGCAUCUGACGACGGUGUGGCUCUGGUGCAAAUGAAGAAUGCUUCAGUAGAUAAACACAUCCACUGUUGCACUUUGGUCAUAGUUUGAAUAUAAAGAGUCCUGGUGGUGGCGGCCUUGUGUGAAAGAGCAGUUCCAGACUGAGGCGUUAUGGCUCAAUUUGACUGUACAGAUGAAAACAGCCAGUGUUUCUCCAAUCAACACUCCUACUUUGGAGAUAGUCAUCCAGUGAAUCAUUUGAUUUCACAAUUACAAACCAUGAAGACAAGAGAGCCACUUUCUCCAGGGUUUUCUCUGGAAACAAACAGCACAGAGGAGGACACCGGAGGCCUUGGUGAGGGCAGUGACUCCCUGAAUGAGGGUUGCAGUCCUCCCACAGACAUGUCUUCAGCUCUCAGGUCGGUGGCCUUAAUGCGCACGUUGGAUUUGAAAAAAAUGCACGGUGCAUAUGUGCCCAAGCUGUUCUCCGUACCGAGACUUGAGGAGGACAAUCCAGCUUUGUCUCCAUCAGAUGAUGAGGAUGAAAGUACAGAAGGGGCAGCAGAUCCAGCUGAGGAGGAAGCGCUGACUUUAACAUUCCAGUCAAAGUACAUUAAUUUCUUCCCACUCUAUCAGGACUACUGCCUGCAGGCGGUGAGAGAUGAUCUGUACAGACUGAGCAAGAGUUUUGUGUCUGAACUGAUAACGCCCCAGCAUCUGCCAGGUCUGCAGUCCCGUCUUCUCGAUCAAUGCAGCUCUGAAGCUACAUCCCCUCAAUUAAACCUUCGAGCUUCAGCGACUCCAUCCUCGCCUCUACCUCACACAGUCAGGGUGACUCCAUGCACCCUUUGGCGAGAUCUUGAAGAGGUGAAGGCGUCCGGCCUGCUCGGCAGCUUGACAACCAGAGAGAUUUGCCUUCAGGAGUCGAUGUUCGAGUUGAUCGGCUCUGAGGCGUCUUACCUGAGGAGCCUUGGAGUUGCUGUCAAUCACUUCUAUGCGUCGAAGCCCCUGAAACGGACCCUGAAACAAAUGGAGCAUCACGUUUUGUUUUCCAAUAUUCGUCGCGUGAUGGCAGCCAGUGAAAAGUUUCUUAUGGAUCUGGAGAUUCGACUGGGAGAGAGUGUGUUAAUAUCUCAGGUUGGAGACAUUGUGCUGCAGCACUGCUCCGAGCUUCGCAGCCUCUAUGUGCCGUAUGUGACUAACAUGAUGUACCAAGAGGCUCUUGUCAACCAGCUGCUGCAGCAGAACAGAGACUUUCUGUAUUCAAUCAAGAAGCUGGAGAGUGACCCAGUGUGCCAGAGACAGAGCCUGAAGUCAUUCCUCAUCCUUCCCUUCCAGAGAAUUACUCGUAUUAAACUCAUCCUUGAGAGCAUCCUGAAACUGACUGAACCAGGCUCUGACUCAAUUUCAAACCUCGAAAAAGCAAUAGAAGCCAUCCAUGAGAUUGUGACUGAGUGUGACAAGGGGGUCCGAAAAAUGAAACAAAUUGAGGAGCUGGUCUGCCUGGAGAUGCUGCUGGAUUUUGGCAAAGUUAAGUCCGUCCCUCUGGUCGUAAGCGGGCGUUUUCUGGUGCACCAGGGUCCCAUGAGACAGCUGACUGUGGAGACCUCUUACAACUCAAGAGUGUCAUCCAUCAGCGUGUACCUCCACCUCUUCAGUGACCUUUUGAUCAUCUCCUCCAAAAAGGCUCAGAGGUUCAUCGUCAUGGAUCAUGCUGAAUUCCCGGGACAUGUGCACGUUGAGCGUCUGAACACUGCGACCCUGGGUCUACCCUCAGACUCCUUCCUGUUGCAUCUCUCUCAAAGUCACUCAGGACAGCCGAUCGCCAUGAUACUUGUUGCACACACAAGGUCAGAUAAAGAGGCGUGGAUGAAAGCGCUGUCGUCUAAACAGUGAUGGAAACCUGAUUCUGCCAUUUUGAUUUUAUACAUCAAACUUGGGUCGUUUUAACUUGCACAUUACUAAUAUAUAUUUUGAUUUUUAUUUAUAAUUGAAAGACUUUGAUAACUUGUUCACUCUUUAGAUUUAUCUUAACGUGACUGUACUUAGUAAUCUUGAUAAAGGCACUCUAGAGCACCAUACGACACAACAUGUAGGAUUCAAACAUGCACUGAAUUUGUCACAAUUAGCAGACACAAAAUGUGAAGGGAUACUUUUUUAUUAUUGGGAAUAGAUUUUUUUCACUUGUAUUAAAAUGACAGCCUCUUUUAAGCAAUGUGCCCUUUUAUUUUUCUAAUAAAAAAAGAUUUUCUGACCUUGUCAUAUCAGCCACAAAAAUGCCUCAAACUGAAUAAAGAUGGUAACGAGUACUUGACAACA